CUUCUCCCUCCCCCCUAACCCCCCAGACACGACUGCAGCUGGCAACUUUUCCAUGUGAUUAGGUACUCCAAACUCGUCGUAUCUCGACGGCCACGUUUUUCCAGACCUCCUGGAAACUUCAAAAAAUCAUGCGUCAUUUGACAUAUCAUUGGACCGUCUAACCUCAACAUUUUUUGUGUUCGAUUCUGUAAAGCUGUGCAGUGUGUACACAGAGGGAUAUCUUUCUUUCUUUUGAGUGAACACUUAAGUAUAUUAUAUACUUUACGUGGUGUUUACACGUUCACUUCACUACCUACUUACUCACUGUUCUGUUCCCUGUUCUGUUCAGUGUUCACUUUGUUUUGGACGGUGGUUCGCAAUAAUCGCAAUCGCGCACAUAUUAUAUAGAUAGGCACAUAACGCACGUAUACUUUUCGGGCCGUGUGUGUGCGUGUGUGCUCUUUUUGUUUCGGAGUUGACUUUUUUCGCGAGAGUAAAAAGAGGAAUAUAUUUAUAUCAUUGUGCUUAUCAAGGGAUGCGAGGAUGAGUGCUAAUCAGAAGGAUUGUUCGCAGAUACUCCGUGUUCAAUCCGCGGAGGGCACCAAGCGCAUCGAGGUGUAUCCUUCUGACUCUGUUAGCCAGCUUUUUGAAAAGAUCUAUAAUGCAUUUGAUUUACGAACUUUUGGCUUUGGCCUUUAUAAACAACGUAAUCAAAAAGAAGAAAUUAUAUCUUCAAGAAGUAAAACUAUCCAAGCAGUGGGACUGAAACAUGGAGAUAUGUUGUAUUUGACACCAAUUAAUGGUGCAGUGCUUUGGGAUGUUCCAGGAACCAGCAGUGCCUCCAAUGAUAUGUCCUCAGAACCAAUGGAUAUUAGUCCAAGUAUAAGUAAAUCAUCUCAAGGUCAACAAACCAUCAACAGCUCUAUGAAAUUUCUCUCCACUGCAAUUGAAGAUGAUGUUGAUCAGCAACUUUGGAAACUAGAUGGCAAGAUUUUAAGGAAAAAAGAUGAUAAAUACUGUCGGCAUGGAUCAAAUGCAUGCUGUGUUCAUUGUUCACCAUUGGAACCUUUUGAUGAAUCAUACCUUAAGGAACAAAAUAUUAAGCAUAUGUCUUUUCACUCGUAUCUGAGGAAACUCACAACUGGUGUAGAUAGAGGAAAAUUUUUACAAUUAGAAGAUAUAAGCUGUCGUAUAAAAAGCGGCUGCAAGGAUCAUCCGCCAUGGCCUAAAGGCAUAUGCAGCAAAUGUCAGCCGAAUGCUAUUACUCUAAAUCGUCAAUCGUACCGACAUGUGGAUAAUGUCAUGUUUGAAAACGCUAAUUUAGUCGAGCGGUUUUUAAACUACUGGCGUAUAACUGGACAUCAGCGGAUUGGUUACUUAUAUGGAAGAUAUGAGAUACAUCCUGAUGUACCUUUAGGCAUAAGAGCCGUAGUUGCUGCAAUAUAUGAGCCACCACAGGAAAGUACAAAGGACUCUAUUGUUCUUUUGCCUGAUGAGAAAGAAGCUCUGAUAGAUGAAUUAGCUCAAUCUUUGAAUUUGAAAAAAGUUGGAUGGAUUUUUACUGACUUAAUUGCUGAUGACAUCAAGAAAGGCACAGUCAAGCAUGUGAGAAAUAUUGAAAGUCAUUUUUUGUCUGCACAAGAAUGUAUUAUGGCUGGUCAUAUACAAAAUAAACUUCCCAACCCUUGCCGCUUUUCACAAAAAGGUUUCUUUGGAUCAAAGGCAGUCACGAUUUGUGUCACUGGUGACAAUAAAAACCAAGUACAUAUGGAAGGAUAUCAAGUAACCAGCCAGUGUAUGGCGCUAGUCAGAGAUGGUUGUUUAGUGCCAACGAAAGAUAUUCCUGAGUUGGGCUACGUCAUUGAAUCAACUGAUAAGCAAUACGUUCCAGAUGUCUAUUACAAGGAAAAAGAUACCUAUGGCAAUGAAGUCUCAAGAUUGGCCAGACCAUUACCAGUUGAGUACUUACUUGUUGAUGUCCCAACAUCCACACCUAUAACGCCAUUGUUCACGUUCUACGCUAAAGACAAUAUUACACCCUUUCCUGUAGAAAACAGGUUGAUAGAUGGUCAAUUCCAAGAGUUCAGUUCCUUGUGCACUUAUAUGCAGCAAUUUAAUCCUGAUCAGUUCCUUGAAGCUGUGUCAGAUUUUCAUCUGCUAUUAUUUAUUGCUUGCAUGGAUAUGCUCCCUUUAAAGAAUCACAUGGCUGCAUUAUUGGAAGCUAUUCGUACUGGUGACCGUCAAAAAGCUGAUGAAUGGGCUCGGUCUGAGCAUUGGGCAACUGUUGAACAACUUAUAUCAGCAACAUCACAAUCUGGACCGUCGCAUAGACACGCAACUUUUGAAAACAACUUACCACGUUCUUCAAGUACUGGAUCAGUGGGCAUAGGAACUGCCGGUAGUAGUUGGACUUGUUCACACUGCACUUUUCUCAAUCGAGCAGAAAUUGAUAUUUGCGAUAUAUGUAGAUUACCGAGGUAAUUAUUGUGCAGAUCGCAGCAAAAAAAUUUACCUAAAACAUUUGGUGUGAUAAAAUCUUAUAAAACAAAAUUUAUUUUAGAAUGCCAAUCUAAAUUUUUUAAUAAAUUGAUAUCAAGACGUUUAAAGAGAUCAUAAAGCAGCCUAGAGGAAUGCAUUCAAUAAUGACUGAUUAUUGUAACUAGCCACUCAACGUUCUUAUUGCAAUUUUUAUGAAAAUAAAAUACAAUAGCACUACAUGAAGAAAAAAUUAAAACUGUGAUAUGAGAGGAAAAGAAAGGCAUCUCAUACAAAAGUGGGAUAUCACAAAAUGCAAGGUUAAUGCGACCUUCCAAUGUAAUUUAAUAAUACUAUGAACAUGUAGGUAACA